CCGCGUUCCUUCUCCUGUGCCGCGGUGGCUCCCCCGCUGGCAAAGCCGCUUUUCCAAGCCGGGGAUGUGGAGACCCCGGCUGCAGGAGGGCGCGGACCGACGUCUGCUCGGGCAGGCCCCGCCGUGCUGAGUGCCCGGUAGCCGGAGCCAUCAGCCCGGCUGGAAAGGCGCUGCUGCUGCUGCUUUCCGUCUCCCCGAGCAGCGCCUGAUGCACAAAUCUUUCCCCAGGCAGCGCUGUACGAGUUCUCUUUUAAUAUGUUUGAUCACCCCAUCCCACGGGUUUUCCAGAACCGCUUCUCAACCCAAUACCGCUGCUUCUCCGUGUCCAUGCUUGCCGGACCUAAUGACAGGUCAGAUGUGGAGAAAGGCGGGAAGAUAAUAAUGCCACCAUCAGCUUUGGAUCAACUCAGCCGACUUAACAUAACCUACCCAAUGCUCUUUAAGCUGACCAAUAAAAAUUCAGACCGAAUGACACACUGUGGAGUGCUUGAAUUUGUGGCUGAUGAGGGCAUUUGUUACCUUCCACACUGGAUGAUGCAGAACUUGCUGCUGGAAGAGGGAGGCCUGGUACAAGUGGAGAGUGUUAAUCUUCAAGUUGCUACUUACUCGAAAUUUCAGCCACAGAGUCCAGAUUUUCUUGACAUCACCAAUCCCAAGGCUGUAUUAGAAAAUGCAUUGAGAAACUUUGCUUGUCUAACUACUGGGGAUGUUAUUGCCAUCAACUACAAUGAAAAGAUCUAUGAGCUUCGGGUAAUGGAGACCAAACCAGACAAGGCUGUGUCCAUCAUAGAAUGUGACAUGAAUGUGGAUUUUGAUGCUCCUUUGGGGUACAAAGAGCCAGAAAGAAGUGCACAACAUGAAGAGACUGCAGAUGUUGAAGCAGACCACAGUGGAUAUGUGAGUGACAUAGGAUUUCGUGCAUUCUCUGGUUCUGGGAACAGACUGGAUGGCAAAAAGAAAGGUGUUGAGCCUAGUCCAUCACCAAUUAAACCAGGAGACAUUCGAAGAGGAAUACCCAACUAUGACUUCAAGAUUGGUAAAAUCACAUUCAUUAGAAACUCACGUCCACUGGUUAAGAAAGUUGAAGAGGAUGAAUCUGGAAGCCGUUUUAUUGCCUUUUCAGGAGAAGGACAGUCCCUGCGCAAAAAGGGAAGAAAACCCUAAAUUGUGGUACUCUUAGGCAGGAGGAAAAUAAAGUAACAAUCGCAGUUUAUUGGA